ACAUAAGUGCCCUAAACGCAUCACUGCACCACGUUGUUAAUAGAAAAUACCACAAUACGGCAGAAACCUGAAUGCAACAAAACAGUAAAGUUUCAAAUGGAACAGGAUGAGGAGGAGCGGUACACAGCAUAUGGUACACAGGAAAUAUGGCUGUUUGAAGGUAGCUUUAAACUGAAAUGUUAUCGUUAAUUAUUAAACAAAGUUAAAUAAACUUGUUUUUACCAAUUUACAGACAUUUAAAAUCGAAGUUUGAAAAUGCACAGGAYACCAUUACUUUCGAAAUAGCUGAAGCACGCCACACUAGAACAUACUGACGCUAUGGAUUAACAAGGUCCCUCUCUGAGUACCAACUGCUCUGCUUCCCCCCGGACACGGCGCUAACUUUCGGGACAGAAUGACGGUAGAUAUAUUUCAAAACAUCCGCGGUUGUAUCCUUCGCUCCGUUUUUUUUUUUUAUCCCUCUGCGCCGUUUACAACAGGGCUGUUUAGAUACUUCUGCUGGCUUAACCGGGCAGUCUGUUGAUUAGUUUGAACACUGCUUCCUUCCACCUAGAGACCGGAGGCUUGUUUAUCAGUUAAGCUUGAAUAAAGACAAUUAUAAGUCCUGCUUCUCGCGCCCCCCCUGACACUUCGUCAAGCCCCCCUUGGAGGGACAAGCCCCACUAUUUGACAAGUACUGUAAGUCUGUAGUCUGGAAAGACAACUCCUCUUUGCGCCACUCCCGCUUCAGUCAUGGGGACGCGCUGGUCUCGGAGCGGCAGCUGCCUGCCGCUUCUCCCGGAGGCAAAGCCAGAGGGUCGGCUAGCAGGACACAGAGAACCCGAUAACGACUCUCUAGACGGGCUUGACAGGCGAGAGGAUAUCGCUCAGUUUCCGUACGUGGAGUUCACCGGCAGGGACAGCAUAACCUGUCCGACAUGUCAGGGCACCGGGAGAAUCCCUUCAGAACAAGUGAACGAGCUGGUAGCGCUGAUCCCCUACAGCGACCAAAGGCUGCAGCCACAAAGGACGAAGCUGUACGUUGUCCUGUCGGUGGUGGCCUGUCUCCUGGCCUCCAUUCUGGUCGCCUUCUUCCUCUUCCCUCGCUCGGUGGUGGUGGUGGACGCAGGGAUCCGCUCAGUGACUGUACACUUCGAUCACACAGACAAGAAAGUCCUGAUGAACAUGACGAGCACGCUGAACUUCAGCAAUCCAAACUUCUUCACCGUGCUGGUGCAGAGCGUGAGCUGCCAGGUCCUCUACAUGAAGACGGUGGUGGGAACUCGGCAGCUGGACAACCCCACCACCAUCCAGCCACUCAGCCACAGCCAGGUGAACUACACGGUCAGUGUGGAGAUCGGCAGCAAUGCACCUUAUGUCUAUGCCUUCUGUACAAUGCCCAGGAUCAAGGUCCACAACAUUGUCAUAUUUAUGCAGUAAGUUGUAGUUGCAGUGAUAAGAGCACUAGAAAUACAUUGAUUUGUAUUUAUUAAUUCAUUUUAUUUAUUUUUUAAGUAAAACCUGCUUUAAAAAAUGACACUAGACACUGAGUUGGUCUUUUAUACAUGUUAAUCUCUUUUGUAUGUUAAAGUGAAGUCUGUCAGGGUUAGUUUUGACCUUUCAUCUGGCAAGGUGCGUCACUUUUCUUCAGCUGUAACAUUAUUAACACUGAUAAUGAUGUUUACUGCUGUGUCACUCAGUCUUAUCUUUCUACUAAUCCUGAUGUUUCAUGGCUGUCAGUAAGAUUUGCACACAAAUACUGAGUAGAACCAGUCCAGCUGAUAAAUGCAUGAUACUUUGGAUAUUUAAGAGUUCUCAAUGAAGUACUUAAAUUUGCCAAUCAAAUUAGAAUUUAAAUAAAAUUCAGGGUAAAAUCAUUGAAACCCUUCACGAGACCAACCACUGUGUCUAUGGAGCAUUAGCUGCACCCGUGGUGAUCACAGUGGGUCCUGGAGCGCCGGCGUCCUGCAUGCUGUAGUUCUGUUCCUCUAACGAUGGCUCAUUAGAGGCCUAAGAACAUUGACCUGCUGAGGAGGUUGUUACUGCCU